AUGACCGUAGCCGCAGGGGACAGCGGAGACGAGGUGGUGGCCGCUCCACCAACCUCCGAGCUGGAGCACGAGUGCUGCGAGCGGGUGGUGGUCAACAUCUCGGGGCUGCGCUUUGAGACGCAGCUCAAGACGCUGUCGCUCUUCCCGGACACGCUGCUGGGAGACCCCAGGAAGCGGAUGCGGUAUUUCGACCCCCUGAGGAAUGAGUAUUUCUUCGACAGGAACCGCCCGAGCUUCGACGCCAUCCUCUACUACUACCAGUCCGGGGGCAGGAUCCGCAGACCCGUCAACGUGCCCAUCGACAUCUUCUCUGAGGAACUCCGCUUCUACCAGCUGGGCGAGGAGGCCAUGGAGAUGUUCAGGGAGGACGAGGGCUUCAUCCAGGAGAAGGAGCGCCCUUUGCCGGCCAACGAGUUCCAGCGCCAGGUGUGGCUUCUCUUCGAGUAUCCCGAGAGCUCGGGUCCAGCCCGGGCCAUCGCGAUCGUGUCUGUGAUGGUCAUCCUCAUCUCCAUCGUCAGCUUCUGCCUGGAGACCUUGCCCAUGUUUCGAGAAGAGGCAGAGCACCUCGGCGCCCCCCGACCCCAACACACCAACAGCACAGAGCCUUAUCAAUCCGGCACCUUCACUGACCCCUUCUUCAUCCUCGAGACCCUCUGCAUCAUCUGGUUCUCCUUUGAGUUUCUGGUCCGAUUGUUCGCCUGCCCCAGCAAGCCCAUCUUCUUCAAGAACAUGAUGAACAUCAUCGACAUCGUGGCCAUCAUCCCUUACUUCAUCACCCUGGGCACCGAGCUGGCAGCUCAACAGCAACAGCAUCAGGAGAAGGAGGAGGGAGCAGGGCAACAACAAGGGCAGCAAGCCAUGUCUCUGGCCAUCCUCAGGGUUAUCCGCCUGGUGCGAGUCUUCAGGAUUUUCAAGCUCUCCAGACACUCCAAGGGGCUGCAGAUCCUGGGGCAGACCCUGAAGGCCAGCAUGAGGGAGCUGGGGCUCCUGAUCUUCUUCCUCUUCAUCGGAGUCAUCCUCUUCUCCAGCGCCGUCUACUUCGCCGAGGCUGAUGAGAAAAUGUCCUACUUCAACAACAUCCCCGAAGCCUUCUGGUGGGCGGUGGUGACCAUGACCACCGUAGGCUAUGGGGACAUGUACCCCAUCACCAUCGGGGGCAAGAUUGUGGGGUCGCUGUGCGCCAUCGCCGGGGUCUUAACCAUCGCCCUGCCCGUUCCCGUCAUCGUCUCCAACUUUAACUAUUUCUACCAUCGGGAGACGGAGGGUGAGGAGCAAGCUCGGUAUCUACACAUCACCAGUUGUCCCCGGCUAAAGGCCAGCAGCGAGCUGCCGAGGAGUCCCAUCGCCUCUAGCUUGGACAAUGAUGACUAUAUGGAUCCCCGAGAAGCGGGCGACCCUCCCGAGGAGGACAGACCAGAGACUCCACAUUGCCUUUUACCCAACACCAACCAUGUCAACAUCACCAAAAUGCUGACUGACGUUUGA